CAAGCGGGAUUGGUCCACGUGUUCAUCCUUACAAAUUCCGACCGUUGUGAGAUCCUUCUUCCUAUAAGUUCAGACCAAAAACGUCUAAUUUUGGUCUCUCUCUCUCUCUCUCUCCGCAAUGGCGAUCGCUGCAGAGACACAGCCCGCUGAGAAGGCUUCUUCAGAGGUUGCUGCUGUGGAGAAGCGAAGGUGGACUCUCAAUGACUUCGACAUCGGGAAGCCUCUUGGGAGGGGAAAGUUUGGCCAUGUGUAUCUGGCAAGAGAAAAGAGGAGCAAUCAUAUCGUAGCUCUUAAGGUGCUUUUUAAGAGCCAACUGAAACAGUCUCAGGUAGAGCAUCAGCUUCGCCGUGAAGUUGAAAUCCAGAGUCAUCUUAGACACCCCAAUAUUCUACGACUUUAUGGAUACUUCUAUGAUCAGAAACGGGUCUAUUUAAUAUUGGAAUAUGCUGCCAAGGGAGAACUAUACAAGGAACUACAGAAGUGCAAAUUCUUCAGUGAAAGGCGUGCUGCUACUUAUAUUGCAUCAUUAGCUCGAGCCCUUAUCUAUUGUCACGGAAAGCAUGUCAUACACAGAGAUAUCAAACCAGAGAAUCUUUUAGUUGGUGCACAGGGUGAACUCAAAAUUGCAGAUUUUGGGUGGUCAGUGCACACAUUCAACCGCAGACAGACCAUGUGUGGCACACUUGAUUACCUCCCACCUGAAAUGGUGGUUAGCACUGAGCAUGAUUCAAGUGUAGAUAUUUGGAGCCUUGGUGUCCUCUGUUAUGAGUUCCUUUAUGGGGUUCCUCCUUUUGAAGCAAAGGAACACUCAGACACAUACAGAAGGAUUGUACAAGUGGAUUUGAAAUUCCCUCCAAAGCCUAUAGUUUCUUCAGCUGCAAAGGACCUCAUAAGUCAGAUGCUUGUCAAGGAUUCUUCGAAGAGAUUGCCAUUACACAAGCUUCUUGAGCAUCCAUGGAUUGUGCAGAACGCAGAUCCGUCUGGCGUCUAUAAGGGUCAAUUUUCUGUAUAAAUAAUAAUGUGUUUGGCUACCACCAUCAAGCCGGCUUGCCCCUUUGCAAACAUGACUUUGGAAGAGUUGCAGUGUUCAACACCUCAUUCAAAGAUCACCAAACAAACCCUCCUUUGCAACUCAAUUUUUGUAAGGAAUUCCAGGGUGACCACAAAGGUUUUUCUGGGACAAGUUGGCAGUGAGAUUUGUGCAGGAUCUAACAUCAUUUGAGGUUCACCAUUGUAGUUCUAUUGCAAUAAAAUUAUAUUCUUUCGUGCUACAUUGUAAUUACACACAUCCGAGACUAGUUGGGUUGGAUUGAUUGAGCAUCUGCAGCUUGUUAGGAACAAAAACUUGUCCCCAGCUUUUGCAGGUUGGCAUGCUGAAAGCUUGUUGAGCAAACACAAGUAUCGGCAAGAAGAGGCUGCAAUUGCCCCCACGGCAUAGUCCAGCGGUUGAGUAUGUUGAUCCUGAAGAAAAGACUGCAAUUAAGCUUAUACAGAGACUA